AGUCUUUCUAUACAGCUAGUACCCUAUCCAUUUUCAACGAGGUAAAGGCCGUCGCUUUCACACAGAUAAAACCCUCACAAUGGCGGUCUCCAUGCCAGAUAUGUCGUGGCUCAUAGUCGCAAUCGUUGGAGUACUAUCCUAUUCUACUCAAGGAGCAGACUACUCCGACAACGACGCCAGGGUUUUGAUCUUGGGCGGGGGUGCUGCCGGCUUACAGGCUGCCCGGACCUUACAUGAUGCCGGCAUUGACGACUUCAUCAUCAUCGAAGCAGCCAACCGACUGGGCGGCCGCGUGGCCGACACCCAGUUUGCCGAUAUGACCGUUGAGCUGGGCCCCACGUGGGCGUUACCCGAGGUAUCUCGCGUGGUUGACCUAGUGAGGGACUUAAACCUUAGCCACAGGGCCAGUGACUACGACAGUCUCCUAUUUCGCAACGAGUCGGGUGUCGACGUUACCGAAGAAGCCUUUAACCAGUAUGAUGCAAUCGAUCCAGCCAAGGAAAAGCUUGGAAUGCUGCGGGAUAAAAUGAGAGCCAAUGGCAACAUCCCAGACAUGUCUCAGCGAUCUGCCCUGCGCGUAGGAGGCUGGAUACCGGAGACGGAUGUCCAAAGAGCAGUAGAGUGGUUUGAGUUCGAUAUUACAUACGGCGACUCACCGGAGACAACCUCCACAAAGCAGACCGAGUUUAUUGGCGAAGAGUACUGGAUGACGGACGCAGGCGGCCUGAAGCAGAUCUUUGGCGCAGUCGCUGGCUUCUUGCAGGAGCCCGCUUAUUCUAAUCACACCCGUCUGGGCAAGACAGUGGCAUCCAUUGACUAUACCAACGACAUAUCAAUUAUCGUGACCACCCAGGACGGCACGAGGUACAUCGGGGAAUACAUCCUCGUCACCUUCAGCCUCGGAGUUCUGCAGCACAACUUGGUCCAGUUCAUUCCGCCCCUGCCUGAAUGGAAGGACGUGGAGAUCAAGAAGUUCCAGAUGGUCGCCUACACUCUAGUCUAU